CACUUUAUCAUGAAAGUUUUUCAACGCGUACUAAUAUUUAUAGUUCCAAUAUGGCGGCCCCCAUGAAUUUUUGAAAACCACACAAUUUGGCAACAUUUUUGAUAAUAUUCAAUUCCCUGAUCAAUAAAUACUCAUUAAGAAGCUGAGAGACAGCUGACAAACAUAUUUGGCUAUCAGUUGAUAUAUAGAAGUAGUUGAUUGAAUAAUAGAGAGGAUGGCAAAAUGUAACGCAGGAAACCAGCUGACACAUGAUAAUUGGGAUGAUGAGGAGGACACGGAAGAGGCUGGGAUCUUCAAACAGGCGAGUGUUGAGGACUUAAAGAAGCGCACAAUAAAAACAACAAAGAGGCGGGUGCCAGGAGCGACAGGAGGGAGUGAGGGUGGUGCUUUCAAAGGAUUUGCUGGAUUUGGAGCCACAAAAUCGGAUUCAAAAGCACCAUCAUUUAGCUUUGGAAGCCAACCUACAUCUACAUCAUUUGGUGGUCUAGCUUCAUCAAAAUCAAAUGGAUCAACAACAGUGCCAAGUUUUGAUCUAAAACCAAGCUCAAACAUGUCUGCUACACCAGCAACCUCAGGUCUGUCUGCUGCGGUAAGCAGUACAUCUGCUCCCAAUACUUCAAAUGGAGGCUCAAAAGUGAAAAGUUCAGAAUAUUUACGUGAACUGAAAAAUUUGAAUAAAAGUGUAUCAAAAUGGAUCAAAGAUCAUGUAGAUGGGAACCCUUACUGUAUACUGACACCAAUAUUCAAGGAUUACGAGAAACACUUGAGUGAGAUUGAAAAGAAGUUUCCCCAGGAUAGUGAAGCAGAAAGUGAGAGUGAUCAAGGUUCCAAAACAAGCACAUCAGAUGAUCUUAAAACACCAUCUAUCAUGAAAGCUCCCGAUGUAUCUUCUUCUGGUGGAUUUAAGUUUGGUGCAACAAUGAUGAAAUCAACUUCACAAGAUUCUACUAAGCCCAGCCCCGCACUCACAUCCAAUGAACCCAAAGAGAAUAAAGCAAGCACAGAGCCUGCCAAACCCUCUAGUAGUUUCACAUUUGGCCAACCUCCAUCAUCCACUGACAAGUCACAAAAUGGAAAGUCUCUCGGCUCUGAGGGUAAGCUGUCUACUGGAUUUACAUUUGGAAAUGCUGCAACGGGAGGAUCAGUAUUUGGUGCUGGGUUGAAGCCAUUCAGUUUUGCCAGUAAACCUCCAGGCGGUGGCAACGAGACUGGGAGUUCACAGGCGCAGUCACAAGAGGGAGCCACGGGAGAUGAUGAGGAAUAUGUGCCUCCUAAAGCAGAAGUUAAGGAGAUAAAGGAAGAUGGGGCUGUAUACACUAAAAGGUGCAAGCUGUUCUAUCAGAAGGAGGGGAAAUGGACUGAGAAGGGUGUUGGGAACAUGUUCUUGAAGCCUGUUGAUGGCAAGACACAGUUGAUAAUCAGGGCAGAUACUAACUUAGGUAACAUUCUACUAAACAUACUACUGAACAGUGCUAUGCCAGUUAAACGACAGGGAAAGAACAAUGUCACUUUAAUGUGUGUUCCCAACCCCCCUUUGGAUCCCAAGGCUGAUGAUACUUCUGUUGUACCAAUGCUAAUCCGUGUCAAGACUGGGGAAGAUGCCGAUGAAAUGUGUGAGAAAAUAAAUGAAAUGAAAGGAUGAAGUUCACAUUAAAGGACACUCCCUGUAUAUAUGGUUAAUCUUGGAACUAGCUACAUAUUUUCAUGACCUUGUUUGAUAUGAUUAAUGAUCAUAAAUUCUGUACAAAGAAAUUAUAUAAUGAAUGUGAUUUAUAGAGAAAUGACCCAUUUUCAAUUUUCCAGUGAAUUUUUUAUGUAUGGUUUUUUCUCAUUUUCAAGUG